AGACGGGCAGAUGCGCUUGACGACUUUCAUCACGAGCGGCCUUCCAUGCUUUAUUUUGGCGAACUGGCGCGGUUUUUCAGGUGGAAUGCGAGACAUGUUUGACGAGGUGCUCAAGUUUGGUGCCUCCAUCGUCGAUAAUGUCCGUGUCUACAACUGUCCUCUCUUUAUUUACAUUCCUCCCUGCGGUGAGCUGCGGGGCGGGGCGUGGGUUGUCGUUGACCCUUCCAUCAACCACAACGGUGUGGUUGAGAUGUACUGCGAUCCCACCUCCCGCGGUGGCGUGAUGGAGCCGUCUGGUGUUGUGGAAAUCAAAUUCCGGGAAAACGAUGUACGGGAGCUCAUCCGUCGCAGUAACCCACACCUUGCCGCAUUAGACCAUCAGAGGCUUCGAGAUGAAGAGAACCGCCUGCUGCCGCUUUACCGCGAUUUUGCCAUUCGCUUUGCAGAUCUACACGACACCCAUUUUCGCAUGCAGGCCACGGGUGCCGUGCGGGGCGUGGUACCGUGGAAGGAUAGCAGACGCCUGUUUCACGCCAAACUGCAGCGCAAACUGAAGGAACUGUCGGUGGCAGUCUCGAUGGUGGAGGCGAAAGAAGUUGGCUCCAUUUCCGAGGGAGUCCGGAAAAUUGAGGCGGCUUUUGCGCAGGAUCAUCCCGAUAUUCCGUGGGGAACUAAUGAUGCGCUGCACAUGCAGUGGCUUACAGAAAAGGUGGAGUUGAAUGGUGUCUUUUUGAGUGGCGUCUCGUUAUUACCGCCGUCGCCCUUGACUGCGGUUGAAGAGGUGACACGUCUGACGGCUCAAUGCCAGGGAACCGAUGCGUUAGAAAAUUGUUUUGAAAGCCUCUUUGAGGAUGAAAAUAUGCUGAAGGCUGCGAUGGGGGCCAUGCGGCGAAUACGGGACCGUGCAGAGAAGGUAGAGAAGCUUACCUUUAAGGAGGGUGAGAUGGCCAGCAAACCCGAGUAA